GGCUGUAGUUGCAACUGUCAAAGGUAGUGGAAACGCGCAUAAACCAACACACUACUUACUAUAUUACUGUACACCGCAGAGAAGAUAAUACCCGUGUAAAAACCCCGAGGUAAGGAACUGCAGACGGCAACGAACGCGACCGAGGUCGAAUCUUUUCGUUGCUUUUUUCCUCCGGUUCGUUUUCUUUUACUCGAACUAACUCUCGUGCAGCUAUUGCAAAUUACUGCACUAAACAUAUUUGUGUGUCUCCCUUUAGCUUCAGCCAGCGCAAUGAUUUGUAAUACUCCUCCUUCGUAUUAAAGUCGCCAUUUUGCUUCACUGCCCAGAUUAAACCUUGUAUUUAAAAUAUUAUCUUCAAGGAGUCGGAGCCGUCUCGAUCUUUCCUGCCUGCUGAUUUCAUACGCGUUGAGUUGCCAACGAGACGAUUGAGGUUGACUACGUGCCUCGUGGUUGACAUAUUCAUGCAUAUGAGAGAGGGGGCAAGUGAAGGCUGGAAAAGGGUGAAAGUCUCUAGGAUUUAAAUAGGAAUUUCCCUUUUCCUCCUCCCGUUCUCUCUUCUUCAUCGCCCCCUCCUCCUCUUUCCUCGGAUUCACAGAGGGGGCUAAGGACCGACCGUGACGACUGGCAGUCCGCCUGCACCGACGCUCAACACGGCAGGUGUGAUUGCCAUGUAAGACCGGGAAAGGCGCAGCCCUACGGCUUGACCCGUACGUGGGUGACCCGGGCCACCCAGCCGGACUCCGACAUUCCAGCAUGGAGAUCCCCAGUAUCUUACGGCUGGCAAAGCUGUCAUCAAGGGGUCGUCCUCCAAAACAGGCCCACCCCCAGGAGACUGCCAGGACCACAGCUACAGCCCCUGAGAACAACAAACACAGUACACCCUGUAGUGAAAGAGGGGAGGGAAAGAAGAAGGGGCGUCCUGAAGAGCAGGAGCUCAGGAGGAUCCCUGCUAACAUGAUGGUCCAGUGGAAGGAGGAGUUUAAGAAGAGGUCCAGGGUAACGUGUCCUGGCUCAGGCUGCUGGUUAGAGUUCCCCAGCAUCUACGGUCUCAAAUACCACUACCAACGCUGCCAGGGGGUGACCCUAGCAGAGAGGUUGAGUCAUGGCUGUCCGGACUGUAAGGCGGUGUUUGCCACUAAGGUCAGCCUCCAAAAGCACAAGCUGUGGAACCACCCCAUCGAGACCAAGGCUGGGCCCAAACUACACAAGACCUCCGUGAAGGGGACCGCCAAGAAAAGGCCUAUGGAGAACACUCCACUGUUGCCUGUGUUCUUCAAAGUCAAAAAGACCCAGGAGGUGUCUAGUCCCUUCCAGAACGGGGAGUGUGCCCCCCAGAGGGGAGAGAGGAAACAGCACCCACACCCCCAGCCCCCCAGCAGCGGGCCUCCUCAUCUGACACCUCCCCCAACACCCCGGGGGGCAGCGAGAGCGAAGAUGAGGGGAGCAGUCUACUCCCACCAUACCCCAAUGAAGACCAUGAGAGGACAAGGCACACCAGGACGGAAGCAGAAAACUCCUAAGAAGUUCACUGGAGAGCAACCCUCUAUCUCGGGGACGUUCGGACUGAAAGGUAUGAACAAGGUAGAGGAGAAGUUGAAGGCUGGUCGUGUGAAGAGAUUAGAGGGGGGUCUGUUCAGCGAGGAGCCCCAGAGGAAGCACCCUGGUCCAGCCUCCAGGAGAGACCUACCACCCCUCACCUCUGCAGAGGCCCAGUGGCAGCAUGCCAUCUCAGAGCGGGGGGAGGUGCUCUGUCCUACCUGCUCCAUUAUCACCAGAAAGACCAUCUCGGGCCUCAAGAAGCACAUGGAGAUCUGCCGAAAGCUCCAGGAUGCCCUGAAGUGCCAGCAAUGCCAGAAACAGUUCAGGUCCAAGGCCGGACUCAACUACCAUACAAUGUCUGAGCACAGCAGCGAGGCUUUGGGGAGCGAGGACCAGAUGGAGGACGUGCAGGAGGGGAGAGAGAGGCUGCGUAGAGUGCUCAAACAGACGGGACGAAUCAAGUGUCCUAAGGAGAGCUGCUCAGCCCAUUUUUUCAGCCUGAUGGGAUACCAAUACCAUCAGAAGCGCUGUGGCAGACAGCUAUCAGAGGAGGACAAGCCUGUGUUUCUGUGUCAGCACUGUGGGAAGACCUACCGCUCUAAGACUGGCAGAGACUACCACCUCUGCACUGAACACCCCACCACUAACAACAAUACCACCGGCAGAGGGAGGGAGAGAGAGGGGCUGGGGGAGGACUUUGAGAGGACUCCUAGUGGUAGGGUGAGACGUCGGUCUGCCCAGGUAGCAGUGUUCCACCUGCAGGAGAUAGCAGAGGAUGAACUGGACAAGGACUGGGGCACCAAGCGAGACGACCUAGUACCGGACAGCAAAAGGUUGAACUACACUCGUCCUGGUCUUCCCAUGUUCAGUCCCAAGCUGCUGGAGAGCUGGAAGAACGAGGUCAAAGAGAAGGGCUUCAUCUGCUGCUCCAACGGAAGCUGUGAAGCUGUUUACUCCAGUGUGUCCGGACUCAAAGCUCAUCUAGCCAACUGUAACCAGGCAGAGGGAGAUGCAGGGAAGUACACCUGCUUACUGUGCCAGAAGGAAUUCAGCUCAGAGAGUGGUGUCAAAUACCACAUCAGCAAGACCCACUCUCAGAACUGGUUCCGAGCCUUCAGCCACAUGUUGCCCAGCAGCAGCAGGAGCAAACCGCCAGACUACCAAGGGAAAACGGAGGUCAAGAACGGAGCCACCAUGGGAAAGAAGAGAGGCCGCAAGCCCAAAGAGCGCCCCCCUGAGGCCACCCCCGUCCAAACAAACACUUUUUUCAGCACCACGCAAAACUCAACCCCCACCCUGAACAUGGGCCAGACCCCGGUCCUGACAGAGACAGGAAACCCAGGGAGCCUGACGCUAAACAGACAGCCCAACCAACCCACCACACGGAGGAGUAAGCCCAAGUGGGUGCCCCCUCCCCCCGAGUAGCUCUGCUUUCAACCCAAGAGCCAGAGAGGCUAUGUCUAUCUAUCCACAUUACGCCAGUAAGCUCAAGGAUGUUUUGGAUACCUCAAGGACUGGCGGACAGAGAAGAAAACUAAAAACAACUGCACUCAGAUCUUUGUGUUUUAAAUAUACUGUAUACAGUUUGUGUCUCCUGGUAUAUGUUGAUAUGUUUAUUUAGUUUCCUCCAUUCCAUUUCCAAGCAUCAUUUCAGUUAAACUAUUGACAACAGGGGUUCAUUGUUAUCAACGUUAUAGUCCUCCUCUGUGUAAAAAUGUAUUUUUCUAAACAAAAGUGUCUGCAUUUUCCCUCUACAUGUCUUUAGUUUCAUGUUGUGUUUGAGAGAUUUUUCAAAUGAUAUUCUAUUAGGAUAGUGAGGUGAUACUAUAUCUAUCUAUAUACAGUAUAUAGUCAAAGCAAUGACGUCAUCCCUCUUUUUUCAAGGCAGGAAGGUCAAAUUUGGUCCAAAGCGAUCCCACUCCUUUUCAUUUUUGUUGUUUUACACUUUAACGUCUUUUGUUUGUUUUAUUGUGUCAGCUGAAUGUCAGCUGAAUGUCGAAGUCGAGAGGUUGUUUUGUUUGUUUUCUUUGGCUUUUCUUUUCAAAAUGAGUGAAAGACCACAUGCAUCAUACAUCACAUCACUGUGUCCUAGUGCUCUGGCUAAGUCUUUGUUUCAAUUACACUGAAAUUGAGGAAAUUCGCACCAUUUUCACAAAAUGAUAUGAGAUUUGAUCGAAUAUUGGUGACAGUAAUUAGACCUUGGGGCAUAUGAUUGGGGAUGUUAACACAAACAUCGACACUAAAAUCUAUAUCUACACUCAAGCAAUGUAAACAGCAUAUCCACAAAGUUUGAAGGUGUGUAGAUUUAGUUUAAUAUAGGUUUUGCCAUUGGACCUCAUAGUCUGAAUUAAAUGUGGGAAUGUUGUAGUAAUUGUUCCCAUUUAAAAUGGACAAAGCUAGAAUUUUCCUAGGACUGUGUGGGAGUCGGGAGAGGAAGACAGAGGUUUGGAACUCUCUUUGUUUGUGGUGUAUUAACCAAUUUAGCUUUUUUUAAAGUAAAAAAAAAACAAAUUUAAGUUACUUUAAUCUUUUAGGAAAUGUAAAAACCUAAAAUGAAGGCUUAGAUGUUGUUAUGUAUAUGGACAGAUUCCCGGUCAUUAAUUGUCUUGCACUUUAACCCCUUUCCUCUCUUCCCCCCCAUUUAGUCUUUUUGCACAUGAAGAGCAGAGAAAAAUACUUUACGCUCCGGGAAGAAAAUGAUUUAGAAUCAGCCUAAAUGUUUACCUUAAGAAUGAUGGGUAAAGACACAAAACUGUCCGUAGAUCAGCUUCUAAGAGGCAGCUUCACCCUACUCCAACCUAAACCUCCUAUAUGGAGGGUUGUAACCCAGGACUGUAAAAUGAAACAAGAACAUUUAGAUCUCUGUGUCCCGGUUCAAUGAGUAGAUAACAGGGCCACCUAACUAAGCUGAUCCUCAGAAAUGCUAGACAUUUUAGGCUGUUCUGCCAGUCGAAUAUUUCAGCGUAAAAGGAAAUUACGUUUUAAAUGAAAUGUCUUUAAUUUAUGAAAAUGCUAAUGUGCAAUCAGCUCAUUUUAAUAUUUUAUCCAUAAUACAUACUUAAAGCAGAUACUUGAAUUCACAAAACAAUUGUAAUAAUUUGAUUUAAGUAAAAUGUCAUGACAUUUUUAAUGUAUAUUUAUAUCAAUAGAGCAGAAUAUCUCUCUCAAAGCAGCAGACCUCUUUUAUAGUCAUGUAUGUAUAUUAUCUAGUUAAUCUGAAAGUGGUGGCAGUUUGUGAAAAGGUUAAGUUGACAUGGUUACUCGAAUUGCUGCAAAGAAUCCACUACUAAAGGACACCAAUAAUAAGAAGAGAGUUGCUUGGGCCAAGAAACACGAGCAAUGGACAUUAUGGACUGGCGGAAAUGUGUCCUUUGGUCCGAUGAUUCC